AUGGCUCUUACAAUAGCUGUCAUUUUAUUCUUUGCUGCCGCCUUUGCAACUUCUGAGUGCAAGCAAUAUUAUUAUGCAUCUGCAAGAGUUGAGGUAAUAAGUAUAUUUAUUUUUAUUGACACAGAUUUUAUUAUAUUAACAUGUCAUUAGUUUAAGUCAAAUCAAAAUAGUUUAAAAUGCUAAAAAUUUUUUUCAGAGUUGCAGUGGUUGUCGUUUAAGCCGGCUUCCAGAUGUUAAACAAUUUAUCUUUGAAGAUUUACCUAACUAGUAUCCUUAAUUAAAAAUUAUUAAACUAUCAUAUAUACAUUCAUAAAUUACAUAGUUGUAAUAAACAUUUUAGUUUUUUAAUUUUUAUUUUUAAUCAGCUUCUUGAUUUUAUUUCUUCACUAAUAUUUCGUUUAUAUUUAUUAAUUUAUAAUAUUUUUAAAUCUGGAAUGUUUGAUUUCUUUAAACUAUUAUUUUCUUAUUACGUGUAACUUUAUUUAUAUAAAUUAUGAUAUAAUGUUUAUUUGUAUGUGUGUGAUAACAAUAGAUAACAAUUUUAUAUUAGAAAAAUCUUCAUCUAAUUAAAAUUUCUUUUAAAGAAUAAGAAUUAAUUAUAUAAAUCCUUAUAUGUUUUUCUAGUAAUAAUGUUGAAUUUAAACAUAUUCCAGGUGCAGUUCCAGAACUUCUUCUCUUUAAUGAGAAUGAAGAGGUACAAUGAGUCUAAUAUAACUAUUAUGUAAGAUAAUUGAACAUUUUCUACCUUUCAGGAAGUGGAAAGAUUACCUUUGUCAAGCUUGACACGGGAAGAAUGCAAUAAUCUUUUAAUAUCUAAAGGCUUUACAAGAAAGACAUCAAAAGAUGAAAUAUAA